UGGUAAAUACCUUAAGUCGUUAAGAGAAUGUAUAUUUCAACGCUCUUCGUAAUACUUACAAGUCCUUUACAUCCAACUAUCCAGGUAACCCUAAGCUUCGACCUCGACUGCGAAUCACAGAGAGGACACGGAAGAAAGAGGCAGACAUUUCCAGGAAGAAAAAAAAAUGUUGUUCUUCUCGUAUUUCAAAGAUUUGGUGGGAAGAGAAGUGACUGUGGAGCUAAAGAACGAUUUGGCCAUUCGAGGCACCUUGCAUUCAGUUGAUCAGUACCUCAACAUCAAGCUCGAGAACACCAGGGUUGUCGAUCAAGACAAGUACCCUCAUAUGCUGUCAGUGAGGAACUGUUUCAUCAGAGGAUCAGUGGUGAGAUAUGUUCAGUUGCCACCAGAUGGAGUUGACAUUGAACUGCUUCAUGACGCCACAAGAAGGGAAGCUCGGGGUGGCUAGAAAUUGUACUACAAGUCUUGAAACCAUGUAUUUUAUGAACAUCUCAACUCAAUAGUUUCGGAUGUAGCUGUUUCUUCUAAAUGGACCAUGCCAAAAAAAUUUGACUUCAAGUAUUCCUGAAUGGUGCACUACUAGGAUAGAUUUUCACUCGAAACUACAAAGAAACUCAAGGUUUUAGUGUAUUUAGCUUGCAAAAUGCAAAUUGGGAUGUACUCAUUCCCAGGAAAAGAGGUCAAAUAUGAGACAGAGAUACAAUGGGUUUUUUAAGGGUUGCUUUAAAACCUUAAUUUUUUUUGGGUUUCAAUGGAAAAUAAG